UCUCUCUCACAAAAGGUAAAAUAAUUUGCAACCUUUCUUACCUCUUGUUUUAGAAGCAAAUUAUACAACAGGUGCUUAUCAGUGUAAAUAUUGAGUGAAGUAUUUAAUUGGCUCAAACAUUAAAAUGUGAAUAAGUGUAGUCAUAACAUUGCAAUUAAUCACAAACUGAUGAUUACAAGGGUGGAAAUGGUCCCUAUUACCUUGGCAUUGGUUGCAGAACAGUGUGUAAUAUGCCUAAAUAAAUGAUUUAAAGAUUUUCCUGAGGAAAUCAUUCAUUGUUGAAGAGUUAAUACUGACAAUGACAACUGAACCAUACAAUACUCAUAAAAGUAUCACUAUUUCAAAAGUAUAUAAUUGAAAAGCAUCAGCCAAGCAUCGUAUCAAAGUAAACCUCAAAUGAUCUCAGCAUUCAUUACAUCACGUUACAGUAAUAAUGGGGAAGAAAUCAUUAUUAGGUGUGAAAGGCUUUGUGAGAUCCAAAGGGAAAAGCUUCACAACAAAGCAUAGUGUGUGAUUAUCUGAUUUGUGUUUGUGAAAUACAGUACAAGACGUUUCAAAGCUUUGAGCGAAGAAACCAACACACUAGCUUUACUGCACUGGUCAUUUUGAACACAUCCCUCCCUAACAAGCGCACCACCAUCCAACUCACUAUUUGGCAUAGCUUAGCAGCAACACAGGACAGAUUUAUUCAGAAAACUCCUAUGCCUUUAAUCUUGCCAAGGACCAACCAUCCAUCAAAUACAUCUGUGCUGUACCCUACCAGUGAUUACUAUGAGAGGGCCAGUUUAUAUGCAGUUAUAUGGUUGUAGUUGGCUAGAUGAUGAUGGUUUUAGGGAGGUUAUAGUGUUCUGACUGAUUUGGGCCAGUGGAGUGAUAUAUUUCAACAAUAACUUUCUUUCUGUAAUUACUUGGGGUCUUAACUAUGGCAUGUGCCCAGGAUUACAGGAUUUAAGUGUGGAUUAAAAUGUGCAAGUGAUGCAUAGCAACUGCUAGUAACUAGAGCAACACUUUACAGUUAAGUUAUAAGACUGAUGGUUGGGGCAGGUGAAAUCAUUUCAUUGAUCAUAGACUGGCUGAGGUGUUUGUGCUACUAAAUUGUUUCAUAUAAUGAUAUUUUGAUGGGAAUUAAGGUCAGUGGGACUUUUACCUUGUGUUUUACCUAAUUAGUUCAAUAACGAUGUGUGAAGUCAAGUAUUAAAGGAGGUAAAACAUUAACUAUUUCACAAGUCUGGAUCCAAGAGUGAAUGUUACACAACUCCAUUCUCAACUCCAUUCUCUCUUACAGCCUCAUUAUCGCUUUUAGAAAGUUGUGAAGGGCAGCAAUUUCAUCCGAAGACCAAUGAUUUUGAAAGAUAAGAACGUUAUUAAUCAUUGAAUUCUAGUUCAUAAUAUUUGUUCCAUUCAAUUCAAAGCAUCCAAGAGCCUUGAACAAAAUAUGAAUAUUUAAUCUGCAGUUUUAAGACACAUUGAAUUUCAUGACUGGCAUUGAGGGAAGGAUAGGUUAUAGGGUGGGAUGAAGACUUAUCUUGGAAGAUUAAACAUAUUCAUUCUGUAUUAAUAGUAUUCAGUCUGUAUAUAUCUAGCAGUUCUUGGAUGACAAGGAUAUUUAUUUAUUUGUCUGGGUGUGUACUAAAUGUAAACAACAUAUUCUCUAACAGACGACAGGACCUAGAAAAUGGUGUUUGGCAUCCGGAAGCGCAUCCAGGACUACCAGGUGGAGCGAAGAAUCCGCAGAACCCGGCUGGUGACCAAAGAUGGCCGCUGUAACAUUGAAUUCGGCAAUGUGAAGUACGGCAACCACUUUGCCUUCCUCGUGGACUUCUGGACGACCUUCGUGGAGUUCCGCUGGCGCUUUGUCCUCUUCUUCUUCAUCGCCUCCUUCACCCUGAGCUGGUUCAUCUUCAGCCUGCUGUGGUUCUGGAUCGCCCGGAACAAUGGGGACCUGAAGUGGCAGAACCCCUCAAACGACCACACCCCCUGUGUGUGGAACGUGUACAGUCUCACUACAGCCUUCCUCUUCUCCCUGGAGACCCAGACCACCAUCGGGUAUGGUGUACGCGCUAUUACCCCUCACUGUCCUGGUGCUGUAGCCCUCAUCAUUAUCCAGACUCUCAUAGGGGCCCUCAUACACUGCUUCAUAUGCGGAGUCAUCGUGUCCAAGAUAUCCCUCCCUAAGAAAAGGGCCAAGACCAUCACAUUCAGUGAGAUGGCUGUCAUCUGUCCUAAGAAGGACUUCCUUUGCCUCAUGAUAAGAGUGGCCAACUUACGCAAGACCUUGAUGAUCGGGAGCCAGAUCUACGGCAAGCUGUUGAGGACAACCGUCAAACCCGACGGGGAGACAAUCAUCAUGGACCAGGUGAACAUUGAGUUCAUGAUGGACGCUGGGAAGGACAACCUCUUCUUUGUGUGCCCUCUCACACUCUACCAUGUGAUUGAUAAGGCUAGCCCUUUCUUUGAGAUGGCAGUGGACACGCUCCAUAAGCAGGAGUUUGAGCUGGUGGUCUUUCUGGACGGCACAGCCGAGACCACCAGCUCAGCCUGCCAGGUCAGGACUUCCUUCAUCCCUCAGGAGAUCAUGUGGGGUUACAACUUCCUGCCUAUUAUCUCCCGCAACAAAGAGGGCAAGUACAGAGUGGACUUCUCCAACUUCUCCAAGGUGGUGGCCGUGGCCACUGCACACUGUGCCUACUGCUUCCACAACAUGAUGGGACACCACCUCCCCUCAAUUAACGGAAUCGACAACGGAGGAUUUGAAGUGAUUGGUAUCCUAGAAUAACCUAAUAUGACCAAGAUGUGAACUUUUGGAGGUAAUAUGUGAUAUUGUAAUAUUUAUAUAUAAAGUAGGAUCCGAAAUUAAACAUACCCUUGAUAAAGAUGAGCAAUAAUGACUGUAUAAAAUAAUUCAAAUACUGUGCUAUAUUGCAUACAAUGUUUUGGGGGGAAAAUUAUAAUAUUAUUUCCGAUACAACUGCUCAGAGAAAGAGAUUUUGUUCAACAAGUAAUGUAUUUUUUCUCAAUAAGGUACGGGUCAAAAUGAUUGACACCCCUAAGAU